GAGCGAGAGGCAUGCUAGAAGGGCCCACCGCCACCCGAUACCAACGAGCAGCAGCCCAGACGGGACCCUCGGAGCCGCUUGGCACAGCCGGCCAGGGGGCGUGGCUGGGUCGCAGCGGGAAAGGCGGCCCCUCUAGCCGGCACUUCCGCGUUCUCCGUGGCUGUGGAGGACCCAGGCGCUGCUGCAGACCCCGGAGUUUCUCUUCCCCCUACGACCCUACCCCCCCCCCAGGAGCCGCCAGCCCCUCGCAGCCCCGCCCCGGAGCGGCAGCGGGGGCUCAGCGGAUCUCCCCCAGAUCUUCUCCUGUGUGAGCCCCUUGGCCUGGGGCUGAAGGAUGAACUCUAAGUAUGUGCUGCUGGGGGGCCUGUACUUCGUCCAAGGGAUGCCAUAUGGGCUACAGUCCGGCCUGCUGCCCAUCUAUCUCCGCAGCAUGGGCCUCUCCUUCAGCAAGAUCAGCUUGGCCAAAAUGCUCUACCUGCCCUGGAUCCUCAAGAUGCUGUGGGCUCCUUUAGUGGAUCAGUACCACACCAAGCAGACCUGGCUGGUGCUCAGCAUGUCAGGACUAGUGCUGGCCUGCCUAGCAUGUGCCACUAUGUCGCCAGAGACCAACUUCCUGCCCGUCGCUGCCAUGCUGCUGCUCAUGAACUUCUUUGCUUCUGUCCAGGACAUCGCAGUGGACGGAGUAGCCAUUGGGCUCCUGUGGCAGGACGAGAUCGGGUACGGCAACACCAUCCAAGUGGUGGCUUACAAACUGGGCUCCGUGCUGGCGGGAGGAGGCCUCCUGACCUUGAUGCACCUGUUGGGCUGGGGGGUUCUCUUCUUGCUUCUGGCCAUCAUUUAUCUUCUGGCCAUACUGUAUGUGUGGAGUGCUCCAGAACUGUGGCUCACGCUAGGACGGCCUUCUCAGGAUGGCCAGCCCCGGACAAGAACCUUCCACCCUUGGAGAAUUCUCCAGGAGCUCCUCCGUGUGCCGGGCACCCUUUGGACCACCGGCUUUGUCCUCCUCUACAAGCUUGGUGAGCAAGGCACCACCACCAUGUUCCCACUCUUCCUGCUGGACCAUGGAUUCUCCACCCAGCAACUUGGCUUCUGGAAUGGAGUGGUAGCCAUGGUCUUCUCCAUCACAGGUUCCUCACUGGGUGGCCAGCUGAUGUCCAAGCAGAGUUUGAGGGCUUGUCCGGGAUCCACAACGAAUCACCAGGACCAGAGGACCGUGGACCAUUCCCCACUGGACACCGGCCAGCCAUCUGAAAGUGCAAGGAUGGAGUUUCUCUGGCAUCUACUAAUGGUGAUCGGGAUCCUGGCAGGGACUGGAGUGUCUCAGGAAUGCACCGCACAACCAGGGGCUUGGAACUUGGCGCUGCGGUGCCCGGCCACUCAGUCCUCCACAUACCAGAAUUACGGACCUGAAAAAGCUGGGGCUGAAAAGGCCGUGGAUGGAAACCACAAUGGGAUUUGGGACAAUGGCUCCUGCACCCACACCGACUGCGAGACAGAGCCGUGGUGGAGGGUGGACUUGGGCAGUCCUCGGUCUGUCUCCGCGGUGAUGGUGAAGAACAGGGAGGACUGCUGUGGGGAGAGAAUCAAGGGGGCCCAGAUCCACGUGGGAGACUCCAAGGCUGGCCAUGGCAAGGACGACCCCAUGUGCGGGACCAUCACUGACACCAGACUGGGAUCCGUCAGCACCAUCGCCUGCAACGGGCUGAAGGGCCGCUACGUCACCAUCAUCAUCCCAGGCAGGAGGGGGAUUCUCACUCUGUGUGAGGUUGAGGUCAUAGCUCAGGGCUGUCCCCUAUCACCAGUGGGAAACAGAGCCGUGGUGGAACGUGGACUUGGACUGUCGGCAUUCUGUCUCCACGGUGAUCGUGAAGAACAGGGAGGACUGCUGUGGGGAGAGAAUCAAGGGGGUCCAGAUCCACGUGGGAGACUCCAAGGCUGGCCAUGGCAAGGACGACCCCAUCUGCGGGACCAUCACCGACACCACACCAGGAUCCAUCAGCACCAUCUCCUGUAAUGGGAUGGAGGGCCGUUACGUCACCAUCACCAUCCCGGACAGGGUGGAGUCUCUCACCCUGUGUGAGGUCGAGGUCUACGGCACCCCCGUGGGUGACUGCUAGGAAGCAGGAGUGACACAGUCCAUGGUGAGGGGAAGCACCUCUCCCUGGGCUGGGGGCAGGAGAAGAGGGAGGUUGGUGCAGAAAUGAGCCGCUUUCACCUGAUAAACUCCAUUGGUCCCUUCCUGCAUCUCUCCUGUCGUUUGUCUCCAUCCCGCGCCAUUCUGGCCAUGUCUCCCCUCCCCUUCCCUGCCCCUACAGCAACGUGGUUCUGAUCCCACAUGAGCCACGGGGGCCUCAGCUCCAAAGCCCAGAUGGCUUUGGGUUAUCCAGCUCUUCUGCUGCUGCUUCCGGCCCUUCCCUCCUCCCAGUGCCCAUUCCCCAGCUUGCUCACCCCCUAAGUACAACCCGCUCUCUGGCUCCCCUGCCCCUUCUCCCAACCUGGGGCUGAGGCACCUGUUCUCCAUUCCCCCAUCAACCCAACGCUCCUUAACAGCUCUCCCCACAACUCCAGCUGCCCUGCUGUCGUUGCUAGUCCUGGGCCAUCAGCAGAGCGGGGCUGGCUUUGGCCUGCCCAUCCACGAACUCUGCAGCUGCUUGGCCCCUUCUGGGACGCCUCUGACCCUGAGGAGCCCCAGGAGGCUGGAAGAGCAGAGCUGACAGCUGACAUGGGGCCAGAUUCCCGGCAGGUGCAAUUGGGCACAACUCUGCUGGUGGCACUGCAAUUGCAGCCGCUU